AUGGCAGCUCCUCGCUCUCCCUUGGACUGGUCGGUGACCGAGCCUCACUACAAGAACGAGUACAUGCGAUUCGCCUCUCGCCGUUCUACCGUGCUUUCUACGAAAGGCGUCGUCGCGUCUUCUCAGCCUCUUGCCUCUUCUGCCGGUAUCGAGAUCCUGAAUGCAGGUGGGAAUGCAGCUGAUGCUGCUGUGGCAGUUGCUGCUGCGCUCAACGUCACCGAGCCAUGCAACACGGGUAUUGGCGGUGACGCGUUCUGUCUCUUCUACGAUGCAGAGAAGCGGAAAGUGCGCGCCUUUAAUGGUUCGGGCCGUGCUCCUCAAGCAAUGACCCUUGAUGUUCUGCGUCAGAAAGGUAUAAACGGUAUCGAGAUCCCAGGUAACAGCAUUCAUAGUGUCACUGUUCCAGGUGCUGCCGCUACAUGGGUUGACACGGUUGAAAAGCUCGGCAGUGGCAAGCUGACGAUGCAAGAGAUCCUUGCUCCUGCUAUUCGACUUGCUGAGCAGGGAUACCCUGUGCAUGAAAGCACCGCUUUCCUGUGGAGUCGUAGUGAGAAGCUGAUCAAGGCUGCAUCCUCUAACGCCGAGGAGAUGCUGUUCGAGGGCAGAGCGCCCAGGACGGGAGAGCUAAUGCGCAUGCCAACCCUCGCGCGCACCUUCCGCGAGCUGGCCACCAAAGGCAAGCAAGGCUUCUACACUGGCCGUAUUGCAGAGGCCAUCGUCGAUCUCGUCAAAUCUCAAGGCGGUGUUCUCGAGCUCGAGGACUUGAAAGACCAUCUCGACCGCGGAACUGAAGAGGUCACUCCGAUCCAGUACACUUACAACCACCCUGCUCAAGCUGGCGAUCUGCAAGGCAAGCAGGGUGUCACGAUGUACGAGUGUCCUCCCAACGGUCAAGGUCUCACGACGCUAGUUGCAUUGGCCAUCCUUGACGAGCUUCAGAAUCAGGCUAAGGUAGGCGACCUCGCCAAGCUCAAACACAACAGUGUCGAGUACCUGCACGCUCUCAUUGAAGCCCUCCGUCUGGCGUUUGCCGACACUAGAUACCACGUUUCCGACCCCGCCCACUCCAAACAGGACUUCGCCGAGCUCCUGCUCAACCAAAAGUACCUUGCUCAGCGAGCCAAGCUGUUCGACCGCACCAAAGCUUCCGUCGACCUUGAAAAAGGUAGCCCGGCCAACACUUGCGACACAGUUUACUUCUCAGUGAGCGACGAAUACGGUAACGCUUGCAGUUUCAUCAACUCCAACUACGCUGGUUUUGGUACUGGUGCCGUUCCUGCCGGUUGCGGUUUCACUUUGCAGAACCGCGGCGCAGGCUUUACGCUCAGUGAGGGUCAUCCGAAUUGUGUCGCUCCAGGCAAGCGUCCUUACCACACCAUUAUCCCCGCUAUGGCAACUCGCGCAGACGAGCUCUUCCUCAGCUUUGGAGUGAUGGGUGGUUUCAUGCAGCCCCAAGGACAGGUGCAGGUGCUGAUGAACAUUCUUCACCACGGCUUUUCGGUCCAGGAUGCUUUAGACGCUCCUAGGUUCUGUAUCGGUGCUGGUAUGGCUGGGCCUGAGGGAGCCACGUCGGAAGUGUACUUUGAGCAGGGUGUUGAUCAGAAGGUGGUGGAUGAGCUCGAAAAGAUGGGUCACAAGGUUAAGGUUCUUGACGGUUGGGCAAGGUUCCAGUUUGGAAGAGGACAGGUGAUUCAGAAGGUUGAGAACAAGCAAGGCAGGCUCGUUUGGGCUGCCGGAUCUGAUCCUCGCGCUGAUGGACAAGCAAUUGCUCAGAUCUGA